AUGAAUUUAUUUCGAAACGAUCCAUUUUUUUCUGGUAAUGAUAUGCUAUUUGAUGAUUUUAAUUAUCAACGUGCACUGCCAUUCUCAAAUCGUCGUGUUCACGGAGAUAAUGAUUACUCAAGCUCAAGAUCAAAUCGUAAUCGUGAUUUAAUGUCACGUGGUAAUAAUGAUGAUGAUUUAUUUUCAAAUCCAUUUGCAAUGAUGCAAAAUAUGAUGGGAAAUAUGCGAAAUGUGAUGGCAAACAUGGAAACACGUAUGUCGGAUCCACAAAUGGGUGCAAAUGGUGUUUCAUUUUCAUCAUCGACAGUAUACAAAAUGGAUAAUAGUAGUGGAAAUGGUCAACCACGCAUAUUUCAAGCAACAUCAGAAAGAUUAAGAGGACCAGAAGGUUUGGAACGUACUCGUAAAGCUGUUCGCGAUACCGGUCGAAAUUUAGAAAAAAUGGAAAUUGCACAUCGGCUCGGUGAACGUGGACAUCGUAUAUUACGUGAACGUGAUCCAAGCACCGGUCAAUUAAUUGAAAAUAAAGAAUUUGAACAUAUCGAUCCGAAUGAUGAAUUAGCAUUUCAAGAUGAAUGGAAUCAAAAAUCACGAAAUUAUGGAAAUUUGAAUAAUGCACUCUAUGAUACACGAACAAAUUAUGUACCGAUUGGUAGUAGUCAAAAUCGAUCAAAAUCAAUGGAUCGUGGUAGUUCACAAUUAGCAAUCGAUCAACCAUUUGAUGAUAAUAACAGAGAUACAUCAAAGAAGCGUAGUCAACAAAAAUAUCGUCCAAAAAAGUAG